AUGUCUCUCCGCAUCGUUCCAUCAACCGCACACUCCACCCUUACAUCACCCUCUCUCGGCGCACCCUCUGCUCCCGGCGUCCACGAUACCCUCCGCUCCAACCUCGCCCUCAGCACGCCCGCGCCCAAAUCCACCACCUUCUCCUCCGCCGACAUCUCCUCCGCACACCCUCUCGAAUCCCGCCUGGCCAACUGGCGUGCCCAGCAAGAAGGCCUCAAGAUGUCGCUCUUGCGUCGUCAGUUCGGCAUCGCGGAGCCCGUGAAGCGUCAGAUGGAGUUGAGCAUUGUGCGCGCUGGCGAGUGGCGGCCAGCCAUGCUCCAGGGAGGUGGUACUGCUGGUCUGCACGCGGAUAUCUUGUCUGGUAGAGAUACGGAGAUGGGCUGGGAGGAUGUGUUCACUGGUGAAGAGAUGAGGGAGAUGCCCGAUUUCCACACGGAGAUGGAGGGACGUUUCAGGAUGAACUGGUAG